GUGCUCGGUUUAAUAGACCGUUACUGCUCCAUUCGCGCUUUACAGUUCGUCAAACCGCCUCGAGCGUCAGCAACCUUCUUUCAUUUAACACGCACGCGCCAGCGAUUAUUUUCAAAACAUUGCACUAGACUCUAUAUAUUGUUUUGGGGGGGGAGAGAAAUAAAAAAGUUGUCAAAGUGCCGCUGUGAAUAGAGCACUAGCAAAGCUUGGGUGGUUGUCUUGGUAAAAUGUCGGCGGAUGAGGACACAGAGCUGCGGGACUUGCUGGUGCAAACCUUGGAGAACAGCGGCGUCCUCAACAAGAUCAAGGCUGAAAUACGGGCAGCUGUAUUCUUGGCACUUGAAGAACAGGAGAGAGUAGAGAACAAAACACCAUUGGUUAAUGAGAGCUUGAAGAAAUUUCUGAACACUGAGGAUGGGCGUUUGGUGGCUGGUCUUGUUGUUGAAUUUCUCCAAUUUUUCAAUCUGGACUUCACUUUGGCAGUAUUCCGACCAGAAACAAACACUUUCACUGGACUGGAUGGACGAGAUAAUCUUGCAAGGGAGCUAGGCAUUCAUGAAAGAGAAGAAUUGAAGGGAGUACCAUUAUUAUUGGAGGUGAUAAGAAACAGUCAACAAAAAGAAAAAGGCACUUGCCCCUCUGACGGUGACCUGCUUAAUUGUAUUCCUAAGGAGUUGUCAGCAAAACAUUUAACAGAAGCCCAGAGAAAGUUUGAAUUUUAUGAUAGAGACAAAAAUGGCAGGAUAAAUAAAGAAGAAUUGAAGGAUCUAUUCAUAGACCUCUUUCCUCACUUUCACAAGAAUAUGCUGGACAGAUAUGUAAAUGAUGAAUUUAAAGCUUUUAAUAAUGUGAUUGAUUUUGAUGAGUUUCUGGGAAUGUACAAAAGAUUUUUCGUCCAAUGUAGAAGUGUGAUAGUACAAGAUGAUACUGUUGCAGAUUCUGUACAGUCACGUGGCAAGCUCUCAGAAGGGAGGCAAACUUUAAAUACAGGGAGCAAGAUACCUAGAUACAAAGGAACUGAUAAAGUUAAAGAGAGCGAGGAGAAAACUGGUGAAAAGUUCACUGAAAUCAGCUUUGGAGAUAUCAGUGUAGCCUCAGGUGAAGUUAAAAGUAUAAGCAAUCUUUCUACUGGUGAGCCAAAUCAAGACUUCAUUCCUAUCACAACAUCCAGUCUGCCAGCAUUAAAGAAAAAUGAAAAGAUAUGCCUUGAUGAUGAAGACUCAUUCUUUGAUGACCCAUUGCCUGAGCAAAAGAAGAUCUAUGCCUGUCCAUCACAGGAAGAGAAGAGUAUUUCAGGGUUGCGCUCUUCAGGUAGCAAAAAGAAUGACAUUCAAAAAUUAAACACUGGUAAAAACAGUGAUACUGAUGAAGAUGCAGAGGAUCCCUUUAUAGGCGCAGGUGGUAGACAGAGUACUCUGGAAAGGCUUGCAGACUUGAACAGUAAACCAACAGGUGGCCUUACAUCCCUUUCAGAUGCCCCCCCUCUGAAUACAAACUUGAGGUCUCUAGCAGGAACACUACCUGUAAAAGAUGCUGACAUAAAAGGAACAGAUGAAGAAGAGUAUUACGAUGAUGAUUUCAUUAGUGGCAGUCAACGUUCAGAUAAAACCAAGAGUGAAGUGAGCAUUGGUGAAGAAAUUGAGGAGGAUAUUUCUGUGGAGGGGGAAGAUCUUUGUACCGAUGAUAAGCUCGACGAUUUGACACUGGACCACACCAUUUCUCACUUAAGUGAUGUGGCAGAUUAUAUAGAGGAGGUUGCAUAGUAGCUUCAGAAUGAAUAAUUAAAUCACUGUACAGACAAAUGAGUAGUAUUUUUGUCACUUUUGUUGUUCUGAAGAAGUUCUGAAGCAGUGUUGAUGGAAUUAGGCUGAUAGAAUCCCUCUGUUAGCAGACAGUUCGUUCAAUUUCUUGUAUUCAGUUGAUCCAAAUGAAAACCAAAGACCAUGUGUAACAUUCAAAAGUGAUGCAAUCAGAAUGGUACUAAGUAGUGCCACUGGGGGGUCUGAAAGUAUCCUCAGACCAUCUUCGAGUAUCUAUGAAAAGAGGCCUAUACUCUUUUAGAAGGGAUCAGUUUGGUUCUAAAUUGUAAUGUGUAAAAAUACAUUAAGUAAAAAUUAUUUUUAAAGCAGA